AUGAAUGAUGCCUUGACUAGGAUACCAGACAAGUCCGAAAUCAAACAAGCGGUAUUCUCCAUUAACCCGGACAAAGCACCAGGACCAGACGGUUUCUCUGCGAGUUUUUACCAAAGUUUCUGGGACAUUAUUGGAGAUGAUGUAGCUGCUGAAGUCGGGUCUUUUUUCACGACCAACACACUCGAUGCUCGCUUCAAUGAGACUCAUGUCAGGUUAAUUCCGAAGACUAAAGGAGCAAAGACAGUUGCGGAUUACAGGCCCAUCGCCUUAUGUAGUAAGCACUACAAGAUCAUUGCAAAGGUGCUCACAUCGCGUCUUCAACCAGUGCUCCAAACCGUAGUCUCAAAGAACCAGUCUGCUUUCGUUAAAGGGCGCGCAAUAGCUGACAACGUACUCAUUACCCACGAAGUUCUUCACUAUCUACAGACCUCGGGUGCUAGUGUUCGGUGUGCAAUGGCAGUUAAAACCGACAUGAGCAAAGCGUACGACCGCAUUGAAUGGAACUUUAUGGAGAGAGUACUAACAAGAUUGGGUUUUCACCCCACUUGGGUGGUCUGGAUUAUGGAGUGUAUCCGCUCAGUCUCCUACUCCUUCUUAAUAAAUGGCGCAGCACAAGGAAAGGUAACCCCUUCAAGGGGUAUCCGCCAAGGAGAUCCCCUAUCACCUUACCUUUUCAUUCUAUGCACGGAAGUUCUCUCGCAGCUCUGCCUCAAAUCCAUGAACGAUGGGAAAAUGGCUGGAAUCAAAGUGGCCCGAAGCUGCCCUCCAAUCAACCACUUACUUUUUGCGGACGACACAAUGUUUUUUACAAAAACAAAUGUGUCCAGCUGCGAGGCCCUGAAACGCAUCCUGAACUUGUAUGAAGAAGCAUCGGGGCAGUGUAUUAACCUUGGGAAGUCAGCUAUUACCUUCUCAUCUAAGACUCCAAGUGAAGUUAAGGAUCGAGUCAAAAACUUCCUCAAUAUCCACAAUGAAGGUGGAGUGGGAAAAUAUUUGGGUCUCCCCGAGCAUUUCGGAAGGAAGAAGAGAGACAUCUUCGUAAGCCUCAUUGAUAGAAUCAGACAAAAAUCGAUCAGCUGGACCACGAGAUAUCUAUCAAGCGCCGGGAAACAAGUUCUUCUACAAGCAGUGUUAGCAGCCUUGCCGACGUACACAAUGUCCUGUUUUAAAUUGCCCCUCUCGAUCUGUAAACAAAUUCAGAGCGUCCUAACGCGGUUCUGGUGGGAUGCGAAACCAGCAGUAAGAAAGCUCUGCUGGGUGUCCUGGAAUAGACUUACUAGACCAAAAGGGAUUGGAGGUUUGGGUUUCAGAGAAGUAGAACAGUUCAACAAUGCUCUAUUGGCAAAACUAGCUUGGAGGAUACUAAAAGAACCCCAGUCUCUUCUUGCACAGACUUUACUUGGGAAGUAUUGUGUAAAUGCCUCAUUCUUAGGUUGCACGGCACCUGCAGUAGCCUCCCACGGAUGGAGGGGAAUACUAGCAGGAAGAGAGGUUAUCCGCAAAGGACUUGGUUGGAUUGUGGGAAACGGGAAAGACAUUCGGGUUUGGGCAGAGCCUUGGCUCAGUUUGGAGAGACCCAUGACCCCUGUAGGCCCGCCUACCCAAGCUAAUCUCAAUCUCUGUGUGGCGGACUUUCUUUUACCUGCAUCCAACAGUUGGAACCUUCAAAUGAUCAGAGAGCAUUUGCCUCAUUAUGAGGAGGCUAUAAAGUCAAUUAUCACUAGCGACUGUGAUAUGAAGGAUGAAUUGGUGUGGCUGAAUGAUAAAUCGGGUAUGUACACAACGAGAUCAGGCUAUGCAUUGGCAAAGAUCAACUCAGACCCGGAUCCACUAGACCACUUUGACUGGAAGAAGUGGAUAUGGUCCCUCAACACCUCAUCAAAACUCAAGCAUCUACUCUGGAAGGCCAACGCUGGAGCCCUUCCCGUUGGUGCCGCACUACAAAACAGGGGAAUCGCCAUUGAUGAUAAAUGCGUGAGGUGUGGUGCGGUCGAAACUGAGAUCCAUGUUCUGCUCCACUGUCCUUUUGCUACCGAAGUUUGGACCAAACUUCCUUGCCUUAAUUCCCCGUCUUCUAUACAACAACCUCCAAUGUCGGUCCCAGAACUUUUGGACAGUUGCAGUAGAAUCGUUACUUUGCCUCCGGUAGGACUAGGAACAACGCCUAUCUCCCCAUGGGUGAUUUGGAACCUCUGGACCAAUAGAAACAAGCUACUGUUUGAUGAUAAAGAGUACACGAUUGAUGAAACGGUCUUGAAAAUCCUUAAAGACUCUCGAGCUUGGGCAGGAGCUCAAGACAAGCAGGAAAAAAUAAUGUUGCCACAGAAUGUGGAUCUCUCUCGCCGUGUGUCUAACUCCCAUGUUCCCCAAUCUUCUCAUGUUGCAGGACCUUCAUGGAGUGUCUUCUCGGAUGCUGCUUGGGACUCUGUCUCUGGGAACUGUGGAAUGGGAUGGCACUUUCGCGAUAACAUGUCUUCACCAGCAGGCAGCACUUCUUCAAAACGCCACUCAGUCUCCUCAGCCCUUGUAGCAGAGGCGUUGGCGUUAAAGGCCGCAAUCACAGAAGCGGCCAACCGUGGCAUUGACUCUCUUAGAGUUUUCUCUGACUCCAAAACUCUCAUCUCUCUCUUGGCCACCAAGAAGAAUAACAUUUGGAUUCAAGGAACACUCUUCGAUAUUCACCAUCUAUCCAGUUCUUUUAGCUCUAUCUCUUUUUGUUUCAUCCCGCGUGUGGGAAAUGCAAUGGCUGAUACUCUUGCUAAAGCAGCACUACGAUCUUUAAAUAACUCUCCGUUGGUGGAUGAGUAA